UGCAAGUGUAUUCUUGCAAAAGUAAAGCGGAACGCAGAGGAUGGAUACUCAACAAAUAUCUACGCAAUACGUAUUGAUAAAAAAUUUGUACAAACUACAAAGUCAUAAACCCUCCCUUCGCUAUUGUGCAUUUCUAAAACCCUAACCUAAGCUCUGUUCUUCGCUGUUACAAAUAACAGCUUUUCAGAAACAAAGAAAAACGAUGAACACCGUCUUAAAACGCACAGCUUCCUUAGUCUCCCGGCGGAUUCUUACGGCCUCAGCCCAAACUCUCCUUCACCACUUCCACUCAACAGCAGCGGCAGCUGCAAACACCACUCGAAAUGCUGAGACUCUUUUUGUUAACAGAUUCAGAUCCUUCGCCAGCUUUCCGGGGUCCUCGGCCAGGGGGUUCCACGCCCAAUCAGGGCCUUUGAAUUUCAGGGCAUCGCCGAGUUGGAAGGCGGAGUAUGCCAUCGAGGAUUAUGAUGACGAGAAGGGAGGUGAUGGGCUUGAGAUCUCUAGUCUGGGCAUUGCUCCAGAGAUUGUUUCCGCUUUGAAAAAUAAGGGUAUCACCAAAUUAUUUCCUAUCCAGAGAGCGGUGUUGGAACCGGCAAUGCAAGGAAGGGAUAUGAUUGGACGAGCUAAGACAGGGACAGGCAAAACACUUGCCUUUGGGAUUCCUAUAAUGGACAAAAUCAUUCGAUACAAUGCUGAACAUGGGCGAGGUAGAAACCCCUUGUGCUUGGUUUUGGCACCAACAAGAGAACUUGCUAAACAAGUUGAGAAGGAAUUUCAUGAGUCUGCCCCCAACUUGGAUACAAUUUGUGUUUAUGGGGGUACACCCAUUUCCCGCCAAAUGAGGCAACUUGACUAUGGUGUUGAUGUAGCUGUUGGCACACCUGGCCGCAUUAUUGAUCUGCUCAAGAGAGGUGCUCUCAACUUAACAGAGGUUCAAUUUCUUGUUAUUGAUGAAGCAGAUCAGAUGCUUCAAGUUGGAUUUGCCGAGGAUGUUGAAACCAUACUGGAGAGGUUGCCUGCGAAUCGUCAAAGCAUGAUGUUUUCAGCAACAAUGCCGAAGUGGAUCAAAAGCCUUACCCAGAAGUACUUGAAGAAUCCCUUAACUAUCGAUCUGGUUGGAGAAUCUGAUCAAAAGUUGGCAGAAGGAAUUUCCUUGUAUUCUAUUGCAGCAGAUAUGCAUAGAAAAGCAUCAAUUCUUGGUCCUCUAAUAACAGAGCAUGCAAAAGGAGGAAAGUGUAUUGUUUUUACUCAGACUAAGCGUGAUGCUGAUCGACUGGCGUAUGCCAUGGCAAGAAACUUUAAAUGUGAGGCUUUGCAUGGUGACAUCUCACAAAGCCAGAGGGAGAGAACUCUCUCAGGCUUCCGAGAUGGGCAUUUUAAUAUUUUAGUUGCUACUGAUGUUGCUGCUCGUGGUCUUGAUAUACCUAGUGUUGACCUGAUAAUACAUUAUGAGCUUCCAAACACGUCUGAAACUUUUGUUCAUCGAACUGGCCGAACUGGUCGUGCUGGAAGGAAAGGAAGUGCAAUUCUUAUCUAUACUCAAGAGCAAAGUAGGGCUGUUAGGGUUAUUGAACGAGAAGUAGGAUGCAGAUUUUCUGAGCUUCCUAGGAUUGAGGUUGAGGGUGGGAGCACUGGCAUGUUCAAUGAGAUGGGUGCUGGUGGUCGAUUUGGGUUAUUUAGAGGUACACCAGAUCGUAGAUAUGGUGAUAUGGGUUCUGGUCGUUCUGGUAGGAAAGGGGAAUAUGGAUUUGGCCGUCCUGGAGGCAAUAAGAGUCCUGGAUUUGGUCGCGCUGGUAGUCAGUUUUCUGGUGAGAUGGGUGGCUAUGGAGGACCUAGCUUUAGUCGCUUUGGUUCUAAUAAUUGGUCUGGAAACCUUGGUGGUCCUGCAUUUGGUCGUCCAAGUGGAUUUGGGGAUUCAAGUAAAUCAGAUCGUUCUAGCGGCUUUGGUAGCUUUGGUCCUAGACGUACUAGAGGAUUUGGAGGCUUUGGUUCAAGCAAUCCAGAUAGAUUUGGUGACAAUCACUCUGGUCAAACUGUUGGUGGCUUUGGGAGCUUUGGUUCAGGUCGUUUUGGUGAAUUUGAUGAGAAUCAUUCAAACCAAAGCAGUGGGACCCAUGGUGAUUCUCAAUCUAGCCAUUUUAGCAGCUUUGGUGGCUCCAAUGUUGAUGAUGAUCAGAGCACUGGAAGAAGACCCUUCUAAAUUCUUUUUAGGGAAGAAGGCAGCAUUCCAGUGACAGCUUCUGGUGGGAAACAGAUUCUCAGAAACAAAGAUUCUUUAGGAACGUGAAAGUUUGUUGGGAAGUGAGAAAGAGGUAGACCCCCAAUCCUUUUCCUCUUCCCUCCCCAUUAGGGCAUAAGCCUACUAAUAUCUACUAGUUAUUUGCGUGGGAAUGUUUUUGGAUGCUGGCUGUUGGUAUUGAAAUUAAUUAUACGUGAAGCAAAAAAAUCUUCAGACUGAUCAUGUAUUGUGAAUAGGUUUCAUAAUAGAAUUCAUUCUGGGAAAGUAGCCUCAUCCUCUGUCUUCUUUUUCCCAAUCCAUUUCUACUGGUGUUAUGCCUUGCCUAGGGGUGUAAAUGAGAUACCAGUGCUUGCAAAUUACUCGAGUUCGAUUUAUAUAAAACUCGAAUUCAGCUCGAUCAUUGUCUAGCCGAGCUUAAGCUCUAACUUGGAUAGCUUGACUUAUCGAGCGAGCCAAAUUUGAGUAUUCUAAUACCCGGUUCGAGUAAUUUACGAGCUUAAUCCAAUUUUUAUAUUUUAUUAUAUUUUUUAUUAUUUUAUCUUUAUAUAUAUCAAUUCGAACUUGAGUUCGAAUAUAAAUAAUCGAGUUUGAAGUUGAGCAUGAGAAUCGAGCUCGUUAUUUAUUCAAUAAAUGAGUCUCAAAUUUUAUUUUGAGUUUGAAAAUUUGAAUUUGAUCGAAUUCAAGCGGAGUUUCGAGUCAAGCUUGUUUGUUUUAUUGUAUCGACUCAGUUUGAUUAGUUUGCUUAAGAUUUCUGGCUUUCACUUCCCCAAAAUCCUGUUGUUGUUAUGAUGUUCCUUCCAUCCAAAUUAUUUUGGUCGGACUGAGCUAAUUGUGAUUGAUUUUGGGGGUAUUUACAUGCUAACGCAGCAUCAAUUUGAGCCCGAUUGUAACAUCAACCUUUCAAAGCUGUAGCUUCGAAAUGAAGGGUCAUUUCACCGUUGUUGGUUUGUUUUAAUCAUUAAACAAUUUGACAAAGGCCUCACUUCCUAUGGGUUUUCUUUUAAUGGAUUAUCGUAGAUCAUCCUUACAUUGUGAUUGAAGCAUUUGCAAUUUUGAUUGCAUAUUCUCGUAAGGCCUUUAUGUCAUUGGAAAAUUUUCUUUAAAAAUUCAAUUUAGUUGGUAGGGAUCAAAGUGAGACAAAAAAGGUGAUCUGUCACUGUUUUCAUUUAUUUGGGCGUUCCUUUUGUUUUUAAUGUUUUCCAGCAAUAAUGGUGGGAAUAUAUUAAGCAUUUAUUUUUAAGUUUCAUUUGAAUGUGUUGUGAGAGAAUUCCCAUCCCCGUUUGCAUGUCGUUUAAUAAUUGAAUCCUUAAGGUUCAGUUAUAAAACACAGUUACGACACGGUGAGAGUCCCCUCACAACACAAACAAAACACAACCAAAGGGAUCCAUUGGAUGCUAAGAUUAGAGGAACAGCAUGGAAUUGAUAUGUGAAAUCAUUCAAAAGUUGGAAUGAAUGUAGACUAUAUGUAAAAACUAAUAGAUAUUUGAUAAUUAUAACGUUUUGAGAAACCUCUUUUUCUGUCCUCAUUACAAAUUUUUGUAAAAGAAUUAAUGACUUCUUUUUUAUUUUUUAUUUUUAAAAGGACUUCUGGUUUUCCUAUGGCUUUUACCACUUGAGUUUUAUUGUGCUAUAAUUAGUGGAAAAAGUUUGUUCCUUGAACUUGGUAAAUUUUCAAUGAGUCCUUUAUCUUUAACCUAGCUUAGUUCUUCAAGUAGUUUUUAACUAUCAGACAAGUUCAGAAUGCCCCGAAAGCAUUGCUAGGAGUUGAUGAGAAAGUUGAAAUGUGACAUGAUAUUUGUGCUAAGACUCAUUUUCAUUUGUUUAUACUUAGUUAUUCGUAGUUGAGAUUGAAACCUUUUUGUUAAUUACUUAUCAGCAUAUAAUGCCAAAGUGGUAAACAGGAAAACUGAAAAAUUACCCAAAAUAUCUAUCUUUAAGAGAAACCAAAUUUCAAAAUGAAUUUACAGACUACAGGUUUUACAUAAUGGUUUCUACCUCCCUUAAAGCUAGCAUUGUGACUAUGAAUAAACCAACCGAGGUUGGUCUUGCGGUGGCCUUUGCUGGUCAUUGUCGUGUUGGUUUUGCAGCAGUAUUUGUAAGCCUUAAAUCACAAAUGUUUAAACUACCUUAAAGCAUUCUUGCUCAUUUUGCCCUUUUUUGGACCCUAAAUUCCA